AUAGGCUGUCUCCUGGUUGUUUCUACUGUGCCUGUAACAGGGCAGGCAGAGGAGGCCAAGCCUCGCUCUCCCGUCUUCCUGAUGAUAUAAACCACAUCUGUUCAGGGAUCUCUCCGAAGCCGAAGCAAAACAACGGGAGCACAUCUCUAAAAUCUUUCGAGGCCUCUCCGGUCUCCCCCACCUGUUCCUCGUCUUCCCCCUUGAUUGGUGCCGCGGUCGGCCGGUGGUGAUCCCUCGGGAUCUCAAAAUGACGCCUUUCCUAGUGCAUCGUGGCGGUCGAUGACCUGAUUCGGGGGUUUGCUUGAGGAGGGAAGAUGAAGUCGUGCUCAAAGAAGGGUUGGAAAUCCCUCAUGCCUCUUCGGCUAAGUAGGUCUUCCACCCAUUUUUGCAUGUUCCCAAAGGUUCGAUCGGCAAGCCAAACAUCAGGAAAUGCACCGGUUUACCUGAAUGUAUAUGACUUGACACCAAUAAAUGGCUAUAUGUACUGGGCAGGCCUUGGGAUAUAUCACACAGGUGUUGAAGUUCAUGGGGUGGAAUAUGCAUUUGGAGCACAUGACUAUCCAUCAAGUGGAGUCUUUGAGGUUGAGCCUCGUCAAUGUCCAGGCUUCAGGUUUAGGAAAUCAAUAUUCAUGGGUACAACGUGCUUAGACCCAUUGCAGCUAAGAGAAUUUAUGGAACUUCAGUCUGUGAAUUACAAUGGAGACACCUACCACUUGAUCAUGAAGAACUGCAACCACUUCUGCAAAGAUAUCUGUUAUAAGUUAACUGGCAAUUCAAUUCCAAAAUGGGUGAACCGACUUGCUAGGAUAGGCUCCCUUUGCAACUGCCUACUGCCCGAGGCACUUAAAAUAACUGCUGUUCAACAUGGCCCAGACUCUCCAUCUGAGGAUGGCGAGAAAAGGAGUCUGAGAAGUGCUUUCGGCUGUCUAUCUUCGAUUUCUAUGCGACAGAGACAGUUCUCUGCUUCUUCUCUUCUCUUGACAUCUCCUUUUAGAGGGUCCCUUUCGCAUUGGGAUUUCAGAAGGUCUGGUGCUAUUCCAUUGAAGGAUACCUGAAAAUUAUAGGAUCUUUUGAUCAACAAAACAGCCUUGGCUUCUGAGAUCUUUUUCCUGCAAGAGAUCUUGUCAAGAAUGUUGAUCAUAGUACAGAAUGAUGGCAGCCCAUAACAUCUAAAAGCUUUGGCCUUGUUACAAAAGCUCGUCAUGGAUGUGAAGGUUACGGAAAAAUGUUAGUUUGAUGUCAAGAACUAAAUGAAGGUAAUGAUACUUUCUGUUAUCUUAGGUUGCUCACUUGAACAGAGACUCUUGUAGGUUUGAUUGGAUCUGUUUUUUAUAUGAUUUUGUUUAGAACUUAGAGGUACCCAAAAUUUUGGGAUAACUGCGUCCGCCCUUUCCUGAAAUUUCAUGCUUGCUUGGCCUUAAUGUUGUACUGCUAACAAUUUCUUUUUUG